AUGGCACUCGAAGCAAAUUUAAAGGACUUGUCUAUUGACGCAACAUUAAAGACGGAAGGCCCAAGCACAUUUGUAACGGAACAUGAUGACAAAGAUAACAAGACGGAACGAAAAGAAGCAAGCAGCGGCAGUAGCAGUUCAGGAGAACCCGUAGCACCUCAAACAGCAUCAGCUCCAGUUACUGAAGACGUGCAGUCAGCUCCAGUCUUUGAAACAGUGCCUGAUGCAGUUGCUCAAUGCGAUAAAGAUGAAUACCUUGUCAAAACGAUCGAUUGGAGAAAUAAGAAAGUGCGUAUUAUUACACAAAAUGAAAACGGACCAUGCCCUCUAGUUGCUAUCUGCAAUGUCUUGUUUCUACGUGGAGACUUAGAGAUUCAACCGCCUGAUAGAGAGGUUGUAACAUUUGAAUAUUUGGUAGACAGAUUAGGGGAUUACUUGUUGAGCCAUGCACCUACUGACGAAACUGUUGUGGCCGAACCACCCCUUAAAAACGCUGAAAACCAACCACAACCACAACCACCUAAACGUCAAGAUACAUCAGAAUUUGUACUGACGUAUAGACACAACCUAGACGCAGCCUUUUCUAUUCUACCUCAUCUAAAGAGUGGCCUUGAUGUAAAUAUCAAGUUUGAUAGCAUUCACGGUUUUGAGCCCACAGCUGAACUAGCCAUGUUUGACUUGUUCAAUGUCAAUCUCGUUCAUGGUUGGGUGGCAGAUCCGCAAGAUGUCGAGACAUUUGAUGUGGUUGUCAACAAAUGCGGCACUUACAAUCAUGCGGUUGAAUUGAUAGUGCAAGCGGAUGAGCUGAGUUCGCGCCAGAGCGAUCAUGGCCUCAUGGUAACCAAAUCGCUGACAACGGCCGAAGAAGAGAAACUGCAUGAAGGCUUCGUGGCAACUGAAUUUCUAAAGGAUACAGCAACUCAAUUGACCUAUUUUGGCCUUAGCCUCCUUUUGGACUCGAUACCUACUGAUACCCUGUGUGUACUAUUCCGCAACAAUCAUUUUUCCACUGUUUACAGACAUCCUUCAUUGGGUCUUUACAUGCUGGUCACUGACUCUGGUUUGGUAUCUGAGCGAUCUGUUGUUUGGGAAAGUCUGGCCGAUAUUGAUCAAGGUUCGUCAGAAUUUUGCAAUGGUUCAUUUUCCAAGCCGAACAUUCAGGGGAGUAGCAGUAAUAGCAACACGGCUGUGCAAGAUGCCAAUACAGAUCUCGAUUACGCCAUUGCUGUAUCCAUACAAGAUGAGCAAAAGAGGCAGCAUCGACAAAGCAUGAUUGAACAGCAACAGUCGUUGGCACCACCUCCAUCACAAGCACCAUUAUCACAGCGACAACAGGCUCCCAUACAGAAAUCGUCUUCAAACUCUUCGCAUAAAAGCUCAUCGAACAAAAAGAACAAUAGCUGUAUUAUAUCGUAA